UUCCAUUAGAGCAGACCGUGCUUCUCCUCACAAGAUAACCACACACUCGUCUUGGUUCUGCAAUGGAGGUGAGGUGCCUGCUGCUCCUGGCUGUCCUCCUCCUGGCGGGGGCUCAUGGCGGGGAGGCGCAGCCACUCGUGCCGGGGGUCUUUACCUUCGGCGACUCGUCGGUGGACAUAGGUAACAACGACUACCUCCACACCCUCAUCAAGGCGGACUUCCCUCCCUACGGCAGGGACUUCCCCAACCGUGUGGCCACCGGGAGGUUUUGCAACGGCAAGCUGGCCACCGACAUCACUGCUGAUACCCUGGGGUUUACUAGCUACCCGCCGGCGUAUCUCAGCCCGCAGGCGUCAGGGAAGAACCUUCUGAUCGGCGCCAACUUCGCGUCUGCUGGAUCCGGCUACUACGAUCACACGGCACUUAUGUAUCAUGCCAUCCCUUUCUCCCAACAAUUGGAGUACUUCAGGGAGUACCAGUCCAAGCUGACGGCGUUUGCUGGGAGCAGCCAGGCCAAGUCCAUCAUCAGCGGCUCGCUGUACAUCGUCAGCUUCGGUGCAAGUGACUUCGUCCAGAACUACUACAUCAAUCCUCUGCUCUUCAAGACCCAGACCGUCGACCAGUUCUCGGACCGCCUCGUCAGCAUCUUCGUCAACAGCGCGGCACAACUUUACGGCAUGGGAGCGCGGCGCAUCGCGGUGACCACGCUGCCACCCCUGGGCUGCCUCCCCGCAGCGAUCACGCUGUUCGGGCACGGGAGCACCGGGUGCGUGUCGAGGCUCAACAGCGACUCCCAGAGGUUCAACGGGAAGAUGAGCGCCGCCGUCAGCUCGCUGGCGAAGCGGUACCACGACCUCAAGAUCGCCGUCUUCGACAUCUACACGCCCCUGUACAGCCUCGUCACCUCUCCUGGAGAUCAAGGGUUCACGGAGGCGAAGCGGGGAUGCUGCGGGACGGGGAAGGUGGAGUUCACGGUGUUCCUCUGCAACCCCAAGUCGGUGGGGACGUGCCCGAACGCGACGACCUACGUGUUCUGGGACGCCGUCCACCCAUCGGAGGCGGCCAAUCAAGUGAUCGCCGACGCGCUCCUCGUCACCGGCAUCGACCUCGUCACAUAAUAAACCACGCACUGGUCAUCUAAGGUCAUCGGUCGGAGGACGACGAUGGCGCAAGCUUUUCAGGCGUCCUGAGGGGAAAAUAAUGUGUGCCCAGAGCUCCCGUUGCCAAGCGUGCCCAUGUGGCGGGAGGGGUUACUUUCUCGGGCUGUGCCACUCACUAUAUCGCCAGCGUUGUAGCUAGGGACUGGGACACAUGGAGACAUGGCUUAUACCUACGAAAAGCUCGAAGUUAUGGGUGCAAGCACUGGAUCUUUUCUUUUCUUUUUCUUGCAUGUCCUUCAAAUUUGAUGAUCACCGUGUUUUUUCACAAAUGAUUGCAUGGCUCCUUUUGAACAGAAACCGUGUUUCCUUCAAGUUA